AUGGCGCCGCCCCGCGCCAGCGCGCUCCUCCUCCCGCUGGCCGCGGCCACCGUGCUCGUCGCCUCAACCAUCUUCCUCUUCGCCGCCGCCGGCACCAGCCGCUGGCGCCCCGCCGACACCGGCCUCCCCGUACCGGCAACACACGCCGACUUCUCCGCCGUACCCGUGACUCUAAGGGCGACCUCCGCCACCAAAGGCCAAGAGCUCUCCUUCCUUGACGAGAACGGCCGCCCCGACGAUCCCAGCUCCAGCUCCAGCUCGGCCUCUGGAGCUGGAACUGGGAGAUGCGACCCCCGCGACGCCGCAGUCAGGGUGUUCAUGUACGACAUGCCGCCCGAGUUCCACUUCGGGCUGCUGGGCUGGACGCCGGCGCCGUCCGGGGACGCCGGCGCCGUCUGGCCCGACGUCAGGGCCGGCGCCGCCCCGCGCUACCCGGGCGGGCUCAACCAGCAGCACAGCGUCGAGUACUGGCUCACGCUCGACCUCCUGGCGCCCUCCACGUGCGGCGCCGCCGUCAGGGUCGCCGACCACCGCGACGCCGACGUGGUCUUCGUGCCCUUCUUCGCGUCCCUCAGCUACAACCGCCACUCCAGGGCCGUGCCGCCCGAGAAGGUCAGCAGGGACAAGUCCCUGCAGGAGAAGCUCGUCAGGUAUCUGGUGGCGCGGCCGGAGUGGAAGAGGUCGGGGGGUGCCGACCAUGUCGUCGUCGCGCACCACCCCAACAGCUUGCUCCACGCCCGCUUGGCGCUCUUCCCGGCAAUGUUCGUGCUCUCUGACUUCGGCAGGUACCACCCUAGGGUUGCCAGCUUGGAGAAGGAUCUCAUUGCGCCCUACAGACAUAUGGCCAAGACGUUUGUGAACGACACUGCCGGGUUUGAUGACCGGCCGACUCUGUUAUACUUCCGGGGAGCCAUUUACAGGAAGGAGGGAGGAAACAUUCGGCAGGAACUGUAUAAUAUGCUCAAAGACGAGAAGGAUGUACUCUUUUCCUUUGGAAGUGUCCAGGACCAUGGGGUCAGCAAAGCUAGCCAGGGAAUGCACUCAUCCAAGUUUUGCCUAAAUAUUGCUGGCGACACCCCUUCCUCCAAUCGUCUAUUUGACGCCAUAGUAAGCCACUGUGUCCCUGUUAUCAUAAGUGAUGACAUUGAGCUCCCUUACGAGGAUAUCCUAGAUUAUUCCAAGUUCUCCAUCUUUGUUCGUUCGUCUGACGCCGUCAAAAAGGGUUACUUGAUGAAACUGAUUAACGGCGUAGACAAGCGGCGAUGGACAAGGAUGUGGAAGAGGCUCAAAGAAGUGGAUAAACAUUUUGAGUACCAGUUCCCAUCUCAGAAGGAUGAUGCGGUCCAGAUGAUCUGGCAAGCAUUGGCUAGGAAGGUCCCUUCGAUCCGGCUGAAGGCACAUAGGUUUAGAAGAUCUUCAAGAUCUGAAAGAGGAAGCAAAUAAACAGAAAGGAGGUGUAUGUAUCUUAUUUUUAGGCUAACACAGCAUUUCACUGAUACCGACAGAUCAGUUGCAUAUGUCAUUGAGCUUAUGAACAAAAUCAGGCAUACUGCUAUAAAAAGGAAGAUUGUAAUCUAGAAGAUUCAAGUUGAGUGUUACUUUUACUCUGGAACAUGGACCGAUAGGUCAGGAUUCAUCGGUCCAGCUGAUUGUAUGCUACCAAGGCAAAUGUUUUAUUGCUUCUGUAACAUGUAUUUUGAAGUAAACUAUAAAAAAGAGUGUUGUUAACUUGUUA